UUCCUCUUUGCUUCUCUAACCCUUCUCACACCUUUCUUCCUAAUAUCCUUAGCACUUUUACUCUCCUCCAUCGUCUCUCGUUUCCUCGUCUUUAUCUCUGUCGUUUUCAGCACUUCUUACCACCUCACAAACACACCCUAAGACUACGAUGCUGAAGAAACUCGGCCUGCAUACAUCCAACCUCGACACCACGUCCGCACCAACCUCCUCCCCAAGUUCCAAACCCAACAGCAAGCUGCUCGAGAUGGAAAGAAAAAAGGCCCAUCACAACAAAAAGGUCCUCCGCGCCGUAACCUCCUACGACUCUCUCGAAUCAGCCUCCAUAGCACCUCGGCCCCACCUUCCAAGUUCUGUAUACAGCCCAAACCCUUUUCCCUUGGACCCAACACAGCCCGGCGGAGUCAGUCGCCAAAACGUGUUCUUUUCACACCAUGAGCGUGAGACCCGCGAAGUGGAGACCAUUGAUAUUGAGAUCGAAGAAACCAAGGGAUUUGUCUCUGGCAGGAGUCGACAUAGCAUCGAUCGAGAGGACCUGCGGGCCAUUGGUCGCCAGGACGAUACUGUCGAUCGCGACUACGAUAUGGAGUACGAAGUGACAAGGAAACCAAAUACGAUGGAAAAGAUCGGCGCAGGACUCAAGGGCUCACUAGCAAAGACUGGCACGUCAAAGACCAAGGACCAAGAAGCGGACAAGGAUAUCAAGGAGGUCGAUGCAGUCCUGCAAUAUCACUUGCUGCAGCAACAACGCCAGCAACAGCAACGGCGUUCGCAGGAAUCAGACCCAUCGAUACGACCUGCUAGAGGUCGAGAACGGCAAAGGCAGCGCACCAUGAGUGGUCCAUUAUAUUCAAACGGGACACCGCGAGAAGAAGAAGGACCAACAUCGCCGACCAAAAGCAGGGGCACACGCGAACCCUUCUCAGACCGUUCAUCCCGACUUCAAUCUCUCUCGCCUCCUCCGCCACCUGGACAAGGUCGCCGACACCCGUCAUACCGGUCUGAUGGCUAUUUUAAUAUCCAGACGGAUCAAACAAGUCCCUUCAUCGGUUACCAACCUUCAUCUCCUACCUCUCCGAAUCGGUAUCACCAUCGGAAUCAGUAUCAGCAACGUCCAGCCAUGCCCCUGAGUCAGACAGGUGAUAGUGGAUACAGUGAAUAUGCACGGAAGAGCAGGAACGUCCGCUACAGUUCUCGUGAACGGCAAGAAUCCGAUCAUAUGCGACGAGAGGCGCUGGGUGGAGGGCCAGGUGUUCGUCGCCAAUCAGGUCUGAAGCAAGUGACAACUGCAGGUUCCGUGGUCAGGACAACCUCCGAAUUUAGCGACGGCGAGGACAACCAUUCAGUGGAAGUCAGGCCGAUGCGACAACCCAUGCCUGAUCGUCUUAGCCGCGCCAAAGAAUGGGUCGCGAGCCAUAGCAGAAACCACAGUAUCGUUGUUCCUGCCCCUAUCGUCGAGCGUGAAGCAGUUCUCCCAUCUAUGCCUGGGGCGUACGCUGCGCGACCCAACCUUCGACUCUCAAUGGACUCUGAAGAUUUUUCACUGAUCACGCCUCCACGAGGGAGCUACCUGAGCAGUGCUGGAGGCGGACACGAUUCACGCGAGAGAAUGGUGAUGACGAAUCAGAUGCAUGCGCAAAGGCUCCAGCGGAGCCAGAGGGAUAGCGUCGGGGACGAUGGACGUUACUGGAGUCAUCAGCUCGAAGGAUACGAGCAUGAUCGAUAUCGCCAGAGUCGCGUCGAGUACGAAAGUGACGGUCGAAGCGGAUUCUAUGGAUACGCGCCAGGAGGACCGGAUGAUGUGGAUGACGAAGAGGAGGCGGAGUCGACUCUGGCUCCAGGGUCUGCAGUAGGUGGACAGAACAAGCCGAAGGCGGGUAGCUCUGCAGAUAGCACAGAGAAAACGGCGGCAGAUGAGGAGGAAAAUCAGUUGAUGUCACCAAAGGUACCGAACAAGAGGCGGUUGAUUCUUCGGCUAGUCAGUUUGUUCUCAAGUCUCCUUGUACUCAUUCUGCUCAUCGCAGCUGGACCAGUAUCACGAUCCUCCUCGCCCUUCUCGAGCCAAGUCGGCCUUGCGUUCCACUAUGUGAUCGCUAUCCUUUCGCUGCUAGUCAGCUUUGCAUUUGUGUUUAACUACUUUAGCCGACGGUUAAGACGCCAGCAAAAGAUGAAGCGCUAUAUUCUUUUUAGCCUCGACAUCGUCAUGACAUUAUCAUGGCUCAUUGACGUCUUUGUAUGCAUAUCCAAGUUCCCAUGCGCUGUGGGUGGUCAAAACGGAUGGUGCGACAUGUACAACUCGAGCAUAUUCCUGGGCAUGAUCGCAUUCGGCAGUUUUUUGGUAGCAUUCGUCUGGGAUAUCUUGGGAUCGUUUGGCAGCUCGAAAUGGUUUGGUGGUCGGCCCCUCAUCAAACCUCCACCACCUGGAUACGACAAGAGAGCGCUCGGCAUGCAAGGUGCCACUCCUGGCUGGAACAACGGAAGGACGCUGGCUGGAAUGGGCGGAGGCGGUAUUCCAGGACAGAUGCCCGGACAAAUGCCUGGACAGAUGCCUGGACAAACGUCAGGACAAGGCUUUCCAAUGAAGCCGAAGAAUAGCAAAGCAUUGUGGUGAAGUCAGCUUCAUCUCAAGAACAUACAAAAAUAUAUGAUACAUAUACUUGUAUCGAGCACGAUGUC